CUGUGUUCAUCGAAAUCUGUUAAUUUUUUUGUAACCCCAACCAAAAACGGUUUCAUGCAAGGGCAGCCUUAUCUACAAGAAGACACAGUGCAGAGCUCACUUUUCAACGAAGCAGACAAGAUGCUGAGCCUCUCCGUGACUUUUCCUCCCAAACCUAUUUCCCAUAUCCCCAAACCGUUCUUCAAUGGCGUUAAGUUUAGUCAGCCUAACCCCAUUUGCCUUCCUUUGGUUAAAACUCACACUUCUUCACAACCAUCAGUGAUUAUGAUGCCGAAGUAGGCAGAAGAGUUGAAAGAAAUCUGAGCCAAAACCACUGAGGAAAUCAAUGAAGAGGUUGUUGAUUUAAAGGUUGACAUUUUCACGCUUCGCCUCAAGAAAUCGGCGCGAAAUGAGUUCAAGUCUGGUGAGUUUCGUCGUAUGCGAAAAAGGAUUGCUCUCAUGCUUACUGUUAAAUGGGAAAGAGAGAUUGAGGAAGGAAUUAACAAGAGAUUGUCAAGAAAGCUUGAUCAACAAUGGAAGAAAAGCGUUGCUGUCAGACCACCACCAUCUUUGAAGAAGUUGCAAGAGGAAGAGACAGCUGCAGAGGCCGAGAAAUCUGUGUGAGCCUGUCCACUUAUCUGACGCAGAUUAUGUACUUUCUGUCAGACCAUUUUUGUACAGGGCGCAUUUUAUGUCAGACCAUCUCUGUGUAUCAUGUGCUGUUGCUGUAGGUUUGUGCCUCAUUUCAUUUUUAUAAUUUUUGUAUCUUCAGCUCAUAAAUUCAUAGUUGUAUCCACAUUUCAGUUAUAUAGCAA